AUGGGGAAAUACACCGCUAACGCCGCGAAUUGCAAGCAACUUCGGUGCGAAUGCGAACUUGGAACGAAAUAUUCAUGCGAGAUCGCUUGCACGUAUGGCACAAGCCGAAGAAGCGGCACCUGCUUCUUCCUCAACGCAUGGUGUGCUCAUGAUAAGGAUUGAGGAUAUCGAAGAAACAGGGGAAUGAAUGAAAAUGCCGGAUUGCUUCGAGAAUUCACUAGAAUGAUUCGAGACACUCCACGAAAGACCAAAGGUGGAACGUAUGAAUUCUCUGAUAUGGAUUUUGGAACAUUGGAUCGCGAUCCUGAUCUGGAUCUCCUCUUGUCGAAAAUUUGUUUGGAGCGAUUCUACAUUGAAGUGAAAGGAGAUUUCACAAAAAAAGCGGAUAAGGUGUUUUUAUCACAGAGUCUUGGACAGUUGUAUCUGAAUCUUGUUUCGAAUCAAGACAAGAUUAUGAAAGUGAUUCCUGUUUUUAAAAAUAUAUCAAAACUUGCGGAGAUGUCACAGAAAAUGGAUGCGGUAAAGGUUUUCACAAUUCCGUGCUUAGAUGCGAUCUCGAUACCGUCUGAUGGAAUCACAGUUGUGCUGGAAAUAAGUAAAUCGAUUGCAUUAUUCACGGGAUGUGAACGAAUUUCAAUGGUUUAUGUGGAGCAGAGCGUACCAUUGUCUGAAGCGACAAGACUUUUUCCGUAUGAGGGCAACUCGUUUUUGGCGCUUUCCGGCGGUACUCUAUCAAAAAUUGAAUUGCAGCCGGCAUAUGAAUGCCAAUUAGUUGGUGAAAUAUUAUCAACCUGCUUACGAGUUGUUCCUUUCGAUAUUGGACAGGAAUUGGUGAAAGAAUGGCGAUCAAUGUCCCGCGAACACCUUGGGACAAAAUGUAAUGGAGAUGUACAAAAACAUGAGCUUGAAGAUGUGAUGUUGUUUAUUUUGCGUAAUUUUGGACUCAAUAUGGAAAUGGACCCAUCGGAAGUUGCUCCUUCUCCUGACGGGCGUCGUGAGAAGAAGCCGCGGCAAUCUGUCGAGGAUAUUUGGCAGCGUGUCUGCCAGCUUCGAGCCGAAGAAAGUAUUUUCAUACAUGAAAUGGAUAAAAAGAACGCUUAUAUCACAUUAAACACACAAUCGAAAUACCGAAAAUACGCUCGAGAUGUGGUUUUGGGAUUGUAUGGGUUGUUUGAAGACUGGAUGAUGAAUGUGUGGAAGCAUCAUGCAUUGCCGACCAUCGUUCCUUAUAUGUACUCAUUUGCAAGAACACUUAAUGAGCAACGAAUGACGAUUUAUUACAUCAAUGGUUUCUAUGAUCUACUCACUGAACUCAAUAUUACGAUUCCGGACAACUGUGAUGAAUUUUUCGAUUCCGAGAAAAAAUAUGUUCAACGCCCUUUCCUGCCGUCAAUGUGGUCGCUUAUUGGAUCAAUUGUCACGACUAAUAGGGAAUUGCCUGAAGUUUGUCCGGUGCCGACGUGUUUCACGAGAUAUUGCGUUCGGCUCUUGACAGUUUUCGCUGUUGGUUCGAGACACCUUUCAACCGAUUUGGAGUGCCGCUUGUGGCUUGGCGAAAACUAUGCGAAGAGGCUCGGGCUCAAUGAAGCUUCGAAAUUGAAGUUUUUAGCAAUUAUUGGUGAUGAAAAUUCAAAUAAAUCGGAUUGCGCUACUGAACUCAUCAGAUUCUUCAACUUCAGUCAUUCGAUGCUUGUCAGUCUUCCAGUUAGCGCGCGAAUUAUAUUAUUGAAGUAUAUGUCUGAAGCAUCUGAUGGACUCAAAUAUCAUAUUCCUCACGAAUGCCAAUUCCCAACUGAUGACGAACACGCGCAGAUAUUCGCUGCCCGAUGGCCGCAUGACAUUCGCAUCAAAAAUGCCGAAAUGAUGCUAAACUCGUCGAGACCUGUGCUGAUUGCAACAAGUAGCUUAAUUGGAUUGGGGGAUGAUAUUCAGCUGAAAGAUGCUCAAGAUAGAUUCUUGACCCAAUCAUCAAUCCGAUACUUCUCGCAAGCAUUCGGUCGUGGAAUGCUUCAAUUCCGGUCAAUUGUGCCAACAUUAAUGGAUCCUAUUGAUAUUCCGCCUCUCAAUCUUACUGGUGUACUCUAUCCUGCUCGAGUUACUUGUGAUCCAGUCAAUACAGAAUCAUAUCGGAUUCACUCGGAAUGGGCUGAAUUUUACAAUAGUACUGCCGCGGCCCUUUCGGUUGGAUCGAGUGAUAUGGUGAAAAUCGAUAAUGAGUAUAUACUGAUGGUGCUCAAGAUUAGCAAAAAUCAUGCCGUCGUUGCGGGACUCACGUAUGGAUUUGGAUUGAAUGGUCAUCUUGCCAACAUGAACAUGUAUCAUGCUCAUCAAAUGCUCGAAACGUUCGAUCGAUUCCAUUCGACUGGAUUGCUGUUGGGUCUAGCUGCAUCGAAAUUGAAAACGUGCGAUAUUCAAAUCUACAAAAUUCUUGCGACUUAUUUACAAUUCCUCAUGGGACCCACAUUGUUGGAAAUUCGACUCGAUUGCACGAUUCAGACGGCGGCAGUUACAGCACUCGGAUUAUUGUUCGCCGAUUCGGGUAAUAUGAAUAUAGCCAAGAAGCUUGUGAACGAGAUAGGACGAUCGCCAAACACUGAAGAUCAACCUGUUUCGGAUCGAGCCGCCUAUAAGUUGUGUGCAGGAUUUUCUCUGGGAUUGAUUAUGCUGGGAAAAGGUAAUGGAGUCGGAGCUCAUGCAGUUCCAUUCAAACAAAUGAUACCGCAGCUGUCUGAGCGGCUCAUCGUGAUGAUGAAUGGCGGCUUGAAAAAGCACUGUGUGUAUUUACCGCAGAACGUAGUUCCAUUAAUAACUGAAAUCAAUGCGCUACCUUAUAUUCCGCAAGCCAGAACUCAGACAUCAAAUCAAGGUCCGAAUCAUGUUCAAGAUGCCGAAAAUGUUAACAUUCAUUUGUCGUCGCAGCCAGCGGCGAUUGCUCUUGGAUUCAUGUUCAUGAGGACUGGUAACAAGUAUAUUGCCGAUCAGUUGACGUUGCCGGAAUCAAUUAGCAUCAUAGAGACCAUUCGACCAGAUUGUAUUUUCGCGCGCGUUCUCUCAUAUUGUCUCAUUAUGUGGGAUGACGUGAAAAUCGACUUCGACUGGGUCGUGAGUCUUGUUCCGAAAACGAUAAUGGUGUAUCUGAAGAAGACGCUCAAAUAUUCUCCGUAUUUGGAAGGAGAGCCUCUCGUUGAAGAAGAAAAUCUUUAUUGGGAGGAGAUUGUCGACAGGAACACACUCACUCAAGCAUAUCUGUACACUGUAAUGGCGGCAUGUGUUGUGAUCGCGAUCAAAUACGCAUCGGCCUAUGGGCCGCCUGAAGAUGAUAAUACCGAACGAGCAAUUGAAUUAUUCAUUCGUUUCAUGACGCCAAUUAUUCCCGAAGAAGUACAACCGAAGGAUGUCUCUCAUGCGAGAUUCUGUACGAAAGCUGGAAUGAAUUUGGCAACGAUCGCGCAAUCUAUGUUGACAUUGUGUAUGGCAAUUGUUAAAGUCAGUACUGGAGAUAAAACUGCUCUUCGAUAUGCACGAUUAUUGCGGAUCAAUGAAAGACCACUUGACGACAACUGGUCGAGAGGUGGUCGAGCUCACAGCUCUCAAGUUGCUGCUCAUCAAGCCAUCGGACUACUAUUUUUGGGAAAUGGAAGAUAUGCCAUCAAAAAAGACAAUUUAUCCAUUGCUCUUCUGAUUAUAUCGUUGUUUCCGGCGAAUAUGCCCAAUGUUGCCGAUAAUACGACAUUCCAUCAACCUUUGCGGUUUUUGUGGACACUGGCGACUGAGCCGAGACUUGCCGUCCCAUUUGAUUGUUUGGAAAAGAGUGUGACCACGUGUGAUUGUAUUGUUACCAUUAAGAGAAAAGAUGCACAUGGAGCGAACACGAAGCUUACGUACAAAUUGCCUGGACUUUUGCCUCCUAUUGAAGAAAUUUUGUGUAUUGAAAUUGGAGGCGCACCGUAUGAAUGGCAGAGAAUUGAAGUGAACAAUGAGAAGGAUCGGGAUAUGAUCCGUGAGAUUCUGACGAUUGGGCACGGGCGAUUCAAAAUGCGACGGAUUGGAUCACCAUGCAAUUCUGAUGAAGGAGAGGUCCGAAUCGACAGUCCAAGUUACAUGGAGCAGCUCUCGUCGUUUGAUACGCUAUUUAAGUUCAAUAUUUUCGGGCCAACGAGAAUCGAGGAGGCUCGAUAUCGUGAAUCGGUGAAAUUGAAUAAAAAUCAUUUGAGAAUGGCGAAAUCCGACAAGUAUCCACAGAUUCAGACCUGCCUUAAAUAUUUGUUCCAGCAACUUGACGAUACUCCCAAUGAGCUUGUUGGUGUUCAAUACUACAAUCUGAAACUAGGACAACGGGUGACAAAUAGCUGGGACGGUGAAGGAAUGCUGUCUUAUAUGUUCGGAAAAGAAGCAGCUCGAUUCCGGCGGUUCCCUGGCGACGAUUAUUAA